GGGGCUACGAGGGCUGACGGUCCCGGGGCUCGGUAGUCCAAGCUUUGGUGGUCCCGGUGCUCGGAGGUCCUAGCAGAGCCCCAAGCCGUCGCGGCACCCACGGACGCGACCAGGCAUUUUUUUUCCCCCUCCCCCCCGGCCCCCUCCUGCAUCCCCAGCCGAGCUCUAAGCCCACCAUGAAAGCCAUCAGCCCGGUGCGAUCCGUGCGGAGCUGCUACGAGGCCGUCUGCUGCCUCUCGGAGCAGAGUCUGGCCAUCGCCCGGGGGAGCAACAACAAGAGCCCGGCCUGAGAGCCCAUGAACUUGCUCUACGAUAUGAACGAUUGCUAUUCCAAGCUGCGGGAGCUGGUGCCGGGCAUCCCGCAAGGCACCAAGGUGAGCCAGGUGGAGAUCCUCCAGCAUGUCAUCGACUACAUCUUCGACCUCCAGAUCGUGCUGGAGGAGGGGGCCAAGGGCCGCGACCCCUCCUCCGAGGCCACCCUGCUCUCCCUUAAGGCGGCCGAGCUCGCCUCUGAACUCUGCUCCAAAGACGAGAGAAGUUUGUGUCACUAACGGCUCCUCCAUCAGCAAACAGGCAGCGAGUGUCGGUUCCUGGUUCGUUAUCAGCCGGAGGUAAAUAGCAGCUUCCUCCGUGGCGCCGGGCUGUCUGCGACCUACCGGCCCCGGCAUCGCCUCCCCCGGGCCCGGGCACCGCAGGCGGGGAGCGGCUGGUCCCGACCCCCCCCCAAUCCCUCCACCGCCAGCAUCUUCCUCGCCCCCCCCCCUCCUUCCCUUCCCUCCCCAUGGAGCGCAGCAUCCCGGCUUUAGCAGGACUUUGGACCCGAACCUAAAUGAGAGACCUUUUUUUUUUUUUAAUGAUAGACUGAUGAAGAGGCGGUUGUCUGUAUAUUUUUGGAUUAUAGCAGCGAGUCCUUUUUUGAAAGGUGUUUAAUGGGAUGGGG